UAUAAGCUCCAAUUUUCCAGGUGGUCGUGGCAGAGUUCUGAAGGACGACGGCGGUAGAAGUAGAACGAAGGAGGAGAAGAAUAAGAAUAAUGGCGCCGGCUUUCUGGGAAGAAGAAAGGGAAGCGAAUACUGGCUAUCUCCGAUAACGUGAUCGUCUUCCUCCUUCCCCACCGCCGCCGCCGCCCUCCCAAAUCUUCGACAGCGCUGUUUUGGAUGUGCAUUUCAGACAGAAGGUUUGUUCUUCUCCUGGUGAAGGGAUUGAAGGAGAAUAAGAAUUGUUUGACUACGUCAAUAUUUUUGAAAAUUUUUUGCCGUUUCAAGCUCUCUGCCAUCUUCUCACCCUUGUGAGAUAUGUUGGAGGACCGCUCCUGUCUGUUCUCAAGAAUAUUACCGUCGAUUACCUGCGAUCAAGAAUCUACUUGGUUCUACAUGAACUAUGAAAUUCAUGAUAAUAAAUAUACCCCGAUUGAAGGACAGGAGGAACGAAGAGGAGAUAAGGGAAAGAGGAAAAAAACUACGGAGUUUAUUGGUGCUUCCAGAAACAGAGAAAUCCAACCAACACCUGAUUAUAGCAAUCGGCAAGGAGAUGAUAGGGACUAUUCAGCUGGAGAUGAUCUCAUAACCCCAAUAGGUAGAGAUCUCUCUAUUGACUGCCUCCUUCGAUGCUCUCGCUCAGAUUACGGUUCUAUCGCAUCCGUCAACAAAAGCUUUCGAUCUCUAAUCCAUAGUGGUGAGAUUUACAAACGCAGGCAGCAGUUGGGUAUUGUUGAGCACUGGGUUUAUUUGUCUUGCAACGUUCUUGAGUGGGAGGCUUAUGAUCCUUGCCGCAAUAGAUGGAUCAGUCUUCCCCGAAUGCCUCCUAACGAAUGCUUUAUGUGUUCUGAUAAGGAGUCCCUUGCAGUGGGCACAGAGCUUCUUGUUUUUGGGAAGGAAGUAACUUCUCACAUUGUACUGAAAUAUAGCAUACUGAAUAAUUCUUGGUCACCUGGAAAAGAAAUGAACUCACCUAGGUGCUUGUUUGGAUCAGCUAGCCUUGGUGAGAAAGCUAUUGUAGCUGGUGGUACUGAUGCUCGUGGAAACAUUUUGAGUUCAGCUGAGCUCUAUAAUUCCGAGUUGCAGACCUGGGAGACCCUUCCAGGCAUGAACAUACCAAGGAAGAUGUGUUCUGGUGUGUUCAUGGAUGAUAGGUUUUAUGUGAUUGGUGGAGUGGACAGCAACAAAGAGGUGCUAACAUGUGGAGAAGAGUAUGAUCUUGUUAAAGGAAUCUGGAGGCGAAUCCCAAAUAUGUCUUCUGGUCUUAGUGGAGCGAGUGGCGCUCCUCCACUUGUCGCUGUUGUUAACAAUAAACUUUAUGCAGCAGAUUAUGCCUCAAAUGAAUUGAGAGAGUACAACAAAGACUAUAACUCAUGGAUUACCUUGGGUCGAUUGCCUGAGAGACAUGUAUCUGUGAAUGGCUGGGGUGUUGCAUUCCGAGCGUGCGGUGAGCAGCUUAUGGUUAUUGGCGGAACAAGAGGUCUGGGCGGGGGGAUGAUUGAGAUCAACUCAUGGAUUCCAAAUGAGAGACCGCCUGAGUGGAAUAUGGUAGCUAGCAAACAUUCAGGAAGCUUUGUUUAUAACUGUACUGUUAUGAGCUGCUGAUCUGGCUGAACUUAGUCACCUUACUUUGUAUUGUAAAUCCUAGAAGGAUUGGCCUGUUCUUGCAGUAUACAUACUAAUUCUGCAUAACAGGAUAAGAAACAUCAUGGCAAUUUGGCGCAUCACGAUACUAGUUUUGAGGAGGUCAUUAACAAAUUAAGCAUGAUGCACUGUCCAUCAUUGUUGGAGAGCUCGCAACAUGAAGACACACAACUGACCUCACGACACUCUAACAGCCAUUGUUGCGGCCAUUCUUGAGGGACACAAAGACACCUUUAUCCAUUCCUGUGAUAUCAUGCGAGAUUAUUGCAGACGUGGUCUUUUGCCAAGCGAACAACUCAUUACUCAUUGGGAUAGUUCUCUAGUGGAACUUCUAGCUAUUUGAUCUAUUUAAGGUGUCUGCAAACCGUGGUUGUUUGAGAGCAAAGUCAUCAAUAUUAGAAGGGAAAAUGUCAAUAUCAUGCAGUUUUUGAGUUAUACCAUGCAGAACAAUGUUCGGCAACAACUACCAUUGGAUGCUCUGGAUCCAGCCUUCAUGCUCAUAUUCAAACAAGUUUUAUUUUUCUCAUAUACCUAGGAAUUGUAAAAAGGCUGCGUAUGCUUGUGCUCCAACAAUCCUUCAAUGCUCUUUUGUUUUGUCGCAUGUCGAUCAUAGUGCUCUUUCUUCUAUACUCAUAGAUGAUAAGUCAUACUUUUAUACAUGAUAGGUGGCAUGCACAUACUUUUUGUAAGAUUUGAUUUUAUUAAUGCAAAAAUAAACUUGUUCAAAUCUUG